UAAAUCUGCACAGAUGCGAGCACAUCUCUGUGUGUGGGAGAAGGAGCGCCUGGCUUCGGAUUCAUUUCAGCGCGCAGGUUGACGCUGCUGACGCCGCUCCUCCGCCAUCUUCAACUUCCUAUUGUUUGCAUCAGACUGUCUGCGGUGUGUGUGUGUAUGAGUGUGUGUGUGUGAGAGAGAGAGAGAGAGAGAGGAGCCGCCGCCGCCGCCGAUCUGCCAUUUAAUAGUUCAUCAGCCUUCACGUUCGCGGUCGAUCGAGCACCAACACUUUGUAUGUCAUUGGACUAAAGACUCUCCGGACUCGACCACCGAACCUCGAUGAUGGACGACGAUCAACCCAGAACCUUGUAUGUGGGGAAUCUGUCCAGGGAUGUCACUGAGCCCCUCAUCCUGCAGGUCUUCACACAGAUAGGACCCUGCAAAAGCUGUAAAAUGAUCGUCGAUACAGCGGGAAAUGAUCCAUACUGCUUUGUGGAGUUCUAUGACCACAGGCAUGCUGCUGCCUCAUUGGCAGCCAUGAAUGGAAGGAAAAUAAUGGGUAAGGAGGUCAAAGUAAACUGGGCCACGACGCCAACCAGCCAGAAAAAAGACACAAGUAAUCACUUUCAUGUCUUUGUGGGAGACCUCAGCCCAGAAAUAACUACAGAAGACGUCAAAGCUGCCUUCGGUCCAUUUGGCAGGAUAUCAGACGCUCGUGUUGUGAAAGAUAUGGCUACAGGGAAAUCUAGGGGCUAUGGCUUUGUGUCUUUCUUCAACAAAUGGGAUGCAGAGAACGCCAUUCAGCAGAUGGGGGGACAGUGGUUAGGAGGAAGACAGAUUCGAACUAACUGGGCCACAAGAAAGCCCCCUGCCCCAAAGACCACUUAUGAAAGUAAUUCCAAGCACCUAUCAUUUGAUGAAGUAGUGAGUCAGUCAAGUCCCAGUAACUGCACCGUGUACUGUGGUGGAGUCAGCUCAGGACUGACGGAACAACUGAUGAGACAGACUUUCUCCGCCUUUGGACAAAUCAUGGAAAUCAGAGUUUUCCCAGAUAAAGGUUAUUCAUUUGUGAGGUUUAACUCCCAUGAGUCAGCAGCCCAUGCCAUUGUGUCAGUGAAUGGCACUUCAAUAGAGGGCCACAUAGUUAAAUGCUACUGGGGUAAAGAGACCCCGGACAUGCUGAACCCGAUGCAGCAGAUGCCCGUGCCCCAGCAAAACAAGAUGGGCUUCGCUGCAGCCCAGCCCUACGGCCAGUGGGGCCAGUGGUAUGGCAACGGGCCCCAGAUAAGCCAGUACGUCCCCAACGGGUGGCAGGUCCCCACCUACGGCGUCUACAGCCAGGCUUGGAACCAGCAGGGCUUCAAUCACUUACCGGCCAGUGCUGGGUGGACUGGCAUGGGCGCCAUCAGUAACGGUGGGGUAAUGGAGCCUACACAGGGAUUGAAUGGCAGUAUGCUAGCCAACCAGCCCGGUAUGGGAGCCGCAGGAUACCCCACACACUGAUAAGUGGGCAGGGUGGGAGAUUUGUCAACCAACAGCCUCUUAUUGGCUGUACGGUGCCCCACGGGGCUGUGUAACACCGCCUCCAUUUGUGGCAGGACUAGGACUUUUACUUGGAUGUGAAACCUAAUGUGAAGGUUGACGUCUGAAGGAGAUGUAAAUGGGAUUUCAUUGGGGGGUUGAAGUAACGGGAGCCAGGGAGGAGCUAUUUGAGCCACACAGGUCUUUACACCCUUUGUGGAAGGCGAGACUGGCCAAGAACCAGGGCUCUUACCAUUUUUAAGUUAACUGUAAAUGAGUAUAAAACUGUAAAGGAGAAAUUUUGGGAUUUUUCUUUCUGGGUUUUACAAAUGGCUUCCAUUUUCACACAUUUCCUCUCAGACAGCCACAGAGAGGUUUGUCCUUUUUUUAAAGAAACUGUUUAAGUCUGAGUUGUGCUAAGUUAUGAACCUUAGUUAUCAUUUGAGGAAUGGAAAUCAGUUUAAUUUGUUCUUGUUUUCUCUUGGAUUAAAAUCAAGUGCAGGGAUUGUUGCCACUGCUGUUUCUCUGUAAGGGCAGAUAUAUAUUGCACAGUUUUUUCCUCUCUUGUACAUGGACAAAUUUGACUACCAAGAGUUUUCUUUUUGCAUUCCAUUUCUCCUCCAUAUCUUUCAGACAGCCUCAAAUCAUUUUGCCACUUGUAAAUAACCAUUCACCCCUUCAUUCAUUUGAAACAGUGUAAGUAAAAUGCUACUGUUAACUGUGGGUGCUUGCUUUUCUCUUUUGUUUUGAUAACUCAACAGUUAACUCCAACAUUGUACGUAGCAGAGUGGCACUAUGAAAUGUGACACUGGCACAGUGCAACACACGAUUCUUCCAUGCAGGGAUAACACGGCAUUGCCAUUCAGUGCACACUUAAAUUCAAAUGUUAAAAGGUGAACAUGUUUGACAUUUCUGAUGUUUUUUAAAUAUCUAUUGAAACGCCAGUAUUUUAUAUCAAAAAUCUGAGUGGAUUCAACCUUUACACUUGCUCUUUUUGCCAGAGAAAUGGGGAGGCCAUUGUAACUGUUGCCUUAUAGAGCUGGUUUCUUUUAGCUGACAAGACCCUCUUUUUAAUUAGGCAGUGCCUACAGACAUUUUCAGACCCUUUUGUUUAGAAAGGUGUUAGCCCUGAGAACUGAUGACUCUGCUACUGUAAUCAAUGUUUUCUUGCUUUGUCCAAUUAAAAUGCUAAUGCACAUAAACUGCA